AUGCCCCCACUUCUACUGUCACUCAAUGAAGACGUUCUCUUCCUCAUUUUCUCCCUAUUGAAAGCACCGGAGGCCCUCGCUGUGGCGUGCUGCUCCAAGGCUGCCUACCGCCUCGCUAUUUCCCAAGUCUUUUUCGAUAUCCAUGCAAAAGGCAGCAGUCCUCCGAUUGAAGAUCAACCCCGAUUGGCGAAGGUAUGCUCGCUGCUGCUGAGCUGUGAGCCAGUGUCCCAGGUCCCUCGGGUCCACUACCUCCGUCGGUUCACCCUCGAUUGCGAGCCCUCCUGGCCACAGGACUUUGCUCCACUCUUCACGGAUUUCCUAUUUAAAGCAGUCAAUCUCCAGUUCCUCCUCAUUUCCUAUGUCGAGGAGUUCAUCCGAGGAGAUUCCCGGCUCGGCGAGGCCAUCGGCGCGUUGUCCAGACUGGAGGAACUUGCUCUGCACGGCAUGGAGGCCGUCGCGACAGCCUCUCUCCCGGUCAUGCUGCUCGGCCAAAAACUCACCGAUCUACACCUCGAGUUUGGUCAGGACGACUUGGAUCUCGACUUCGUCAUCCGCACGCUCGCCUCCCUCCCACUCUUGGACGUUCUCCACCUUUUUCUUCCCGAGUCCUUCUCUCAAUUUGAGAGCACUUCGAAGGACUUGAAGUUGCCACAGGUCCAUCGCCUCCAUCUUUCCUGCCCUCCAUCGGCAUACUGCGCGGUCACUGCCCGUUUCUCCGCCCUUGUCGCCUUAGAUGCGGACCUUUAUUUCUGGCGCGACGGGCCAGUCACUGGGCCGGCGGCUGGCAGCGGCUGGCCUGCGCUCCAGAAAUUGACUUGUGUCAACCCGCCCCCGCACGUCCGGGUGGACUCUGCCGGGCACAUGCAUAACGUCCGAGAUUUGCUCGUCGGACCCUCGAGCUCUGUGCCCAAAUUCACCCCCGUCCUCCACGCCGCGCGCCCGGUCGUGGUCGAAUUCGAGACUAGCGCCUUCAGGUUGGUGGACCAUCCGUCGUUCUGGCCGGACCUGUGUCGCGCAGCGCCUCAGCUGCGCUCUCUUCGUGUCACGAUCCAUCCCGUAGCCGACGAGUUGCACUGCAUGCUUCCGUUCGUGGCACCAAUGCUCGACGCCCUCUCAUCCAUAUCUCUUCUCCACCUGUCGCUCUUGCUACCUUUCCCUCCGAGGCUCUCCCCGAGCGGCAUGCACAUCGUAACGUCCGUACGCAAAAUGGAGCUGCGCCGACUCAACGCUCUACGCGCGCUCCCGAGGCUCGUCACCACGAACGCACUUCCGAGCCUCCGUGUCCUCCACAUCGGCCCCUACACGCCUCGCCUGUUCACCCUCAACGAGGUGAUACUCAACUUAUCGCAUGGAGCUCAAAUUCGGCCAAAAGUAUUGGAAGCGCUGGAGGCGGAGGAACGGGGUGCUACGGAUGCGUGUCCUGAGCUGGAGCAGCUGCGGAAGCUGAAGCGCGAGAUGCGAGUCCGUGACGAACGGUGGUGGUGGGUCGGGGAGGACGGCGGUGGCGGCCGGACGUUGGACGAGAUGUGGAGAGAAGACGGCGAACGCGCGUGCGGAAUCAUCUGCGGCUCGUCUUUCAAUGCGAACACGAGCUUUGAAGGAUUCUUCACCGAAAAGCGUCGAAGCCGGUUCCGACUCUGA